CUCUGUGACAAGCACACAAUGUGUUUCAGAGAGGGAGAGAGGGACAACCACCGCAACCCUGCUUCACAGAGAGGAUUCAUCCCGUGCUUUAACUGAAAUAGGUGCCCGUACUGUUUAUAUUUAGGUGCCAGAACUGCAGUCUUUCUAGACCAAUAGGUGCAGGGACUCAAAGCAGUUGAACAUUUCGCCUUAGUUCCAGUGCGUUCCUGCUCAAGACAAGCACUGGAUUCACCAGACAGAUAGACAGACAAGCAGACAGACAGGCAGAACGUCAGUUAUGAUUGACGGUAUAGAGGAGGACCUGUGAACUCAACUACUAAACGAACAACUGUUUUCCUGAGUGGUUGGAUACGGAUUCCAAAUAUGGAGACCCUGCUGGCUAAGGCCCUGUAUGACAACAUAGCCGAGUGCAGUGAUGAGCUGGGCUUCAGGAAGGGAGACGUGGUUACAGUGCUGCAACAGGAAGUAGAAGGGAGCUGUGGUUGGUGGAUGUGCUUUCUUUCUGGACGACAGGGCCUGGCCCCAGCCAAUCGCCUGCAGCUCUUACCACUGGCCCCACCCCAGACCCCGGCUCAGACCCAGGGCGAGGUUCCUGGUGCUGGUAGUGUUGACCCAGGCACCAGUCAUGACAGUGACUCUGAUAGGCCGGGGAACCUCUACCAGAUCCCCAGCAUAUCCCGACACACCCAGUCCUCCAGCCCCGCCUACGAAUGCAUGGACCGUGCCUACAAGGCAUCUGUCAGCAGUGUGUUCUCUGGCUGUUCCAAGGGAGAGGUCUAUGAUGUCCCCAGCCUUGUCAGACGAGCCUCUCUAUUCCCUGCAUCCACAACACCGCGACAUUUGACCCAGAAGGCGUCGUUGAUGGAAACCUCUGAUCUGGAGAGACAGUUUGACACCCGGAGCAGUAGGAGGCGCUGCAGCCCCAGUCCCAGCCUGGACUAUGUGUAUGCUGUUCCUCCCACGGUGGUCCCAGACCCCAGCUAUGACAUCCCUAUCCCCUCCUCCGUCCCCCCCUCCAUCCCUCCGGCCUCAGUCAUCCAGCAGAGGCUAGUGGCCGGAGGCAACAAUACCUCACCCAGCCCCCAGAGACAGCCUAGCAGUUACAGCACCCUUCCCAACCCCCGCAAGUCAGACUGGAUCUAUGAUGUACCCAGCUCUCCUGAGAAACCUGGUGGUGAGCCCGGGUACUACACCAUUCAGCCAUCUGGUGGCCAACCUGGAUAUUACGCACACCUGCCAUUUGGUGGCCAGCCUGGGUACUACACCACCCUGCCCUCCAAGGCCCUGAUCUCUGACAGGCAGCUCCACGACACUCUGACAGACCGUAACUGCUCUGCUCAGUCCUUCUAUGACAUCCCCAAACCUAGAUCCCCUCCCCAGAGGUCCAAGGACCCCCCCAACCCCCCCAGGGUCCUCCCCAGGCCUCCUCUCUACGACAGACCCCCAGGCCAGAUGCAGAUGGACAAGGAGCACUGUGUGUACGCUGUCCCCCCUCGGGAGCAGCUCUCAGUCUUCGUCCCCCACAGAGGACACCAUGUCCCGUUGGAGUGUCGGGGGGACUCUGGUCCUACCUACGACCACCCCAACCCCCAGGGCAGGCUGCAGAGGGGUCGUCUGGGGCUAUUGGCUGGGGCUCUGGGAGCCAGGCCUGGUAGGGGAGACACUCUGUUACAGGAAGAGGAUGAAGAGAGCGGUAGAACGACAACGUCGACAUCAGACAAACAGAGGAUCAGCACAGCCUCCACGUCCUCCACCUCCUCCUCCUGCGACUCCCUGGCGCUGUGCUCCUCUUCCUCCCCGGAGCCGCAGCGGGAGGUGUGUCUGAGCCAGGAGGAGGCGUGUCGCAGGCUGCUCAUCCUACAGCAGGAGGUGUGCAGGGAGGUGCCGCGACUCAUGGAGUUUGUCUCCUCUAGCUGGAGGAGCAGGGAUCACCUGGAAAAGCACCUCACGGAGAUCAGGUCUGCAGCAGAGGGUGUGGCGGGGUCGGUGACCUCCUUCCUGACCUUUGCCCUGGAUGUGAAAGGUAACGCCCGGCGCCUGACCGACUCCAACCUGCAGGCGCGUCUCCAGCGCCAGCUCUCAGUGUUGGAGGACUCUGGCCUCAUCUUGCAGCAGGCCGUCAGCUCCCUGGGCGUCGCCGGCUGGCCCCUCCCUUUGCUGGCCCAGGAUCCCGCCCAGAACCACUCCCCAGACCAGCUAGACAGCCUCGUCAGGGUAACCAGGACCAUCCCUGAAGAUGUCAAGAGAAUGGUAUCCAUCGUCAAUGCCAACGCCAAGCUGCUGUUCCGGCCCAGUACCAGUACCACCAAUAAUACCAGUACCUCUACCAGUCAGUUUAUGAAGAAGAGAACAGAGCAGGGAGAAGACUCAGAAACAGAUCAUCAUGACAAUGUCCAGCUACAGGAGGACCAGAAGCGUUGUGUGUCUGAGCCCCAGGUCUGUGUGGACGGUCCUAGCAGAUCUUCAGAAUCCCUGUCCCCGAGGAAGCCCUUCAUCUCUGACUCUGGUGACGCCCCCAGGAGGACCUCUGAGCCCCAGGUCUCCCUGUUUGCUAGGAUGGGCUCUCUGUCUGAGCCCCAGGUCUCCCGGUCUGCUAGGAUGGCCUCUCAGUCUGAGCCCCAGGUCUCCCUGUCUGCUAGGAUGGCCUCUCAGUCUGAGCCCCAGGUCUACCUGUCUGCUAGGAUGGCCUCUCAGUCUGAGCCCAAGGUCUACCUGUCUGCUAGGAUUGCCUCUCAGUCUGAGCCCCAGGUCUCUGAUGUCCCUAGCCCUGGGAAGUCCUUUAACUCCCAGGUAGACAGCCCUAAGAGACAGCCCACCCUGUCAGAACAUUGCCGGCUAUACUUUGGGGCGCUGCAGAAGGCAAUUUGUGUGUUCAUAACCAGCCUGGACAGCCAGACCCCGGAGAAGUUCAUCUCCCACAGCAAGCUGAUCAUCAUGGUAGGCCAGCGACUGGUGGACACGCUGUACCGAGAGGCCCAGAAAGGAGAGGCCCAGAGAAGGGGGCCCGGGUCAGUGUCAGAGUCAGGGUUGGGGCCCAGCCAGAGCCAGAACCAGGUUCUGCUGUGUAAGUGCAACCACAUGUGUGCCCUGUUAAAACAGCUGGCUGUAGCCACCAAGAAGGCAGCUCUGCAUUACCCUGAGAGACAGGCUCUGCGGGAGGCCCAGGACUUUGCCAAGGAGCUGGCUCAGAGAGCACAGCACUUCAGGAUCUCCCUGGACCUCUGAGAGAGACAGACUUUUAUCUUAAGGAGGCAACAGACAGUGCCGACGAACAGUGAAAAGCUGUCCUAUCCCCUCUGACCACAGAACGUCGCCAUAACGUUGAAUCGGCACCGUUCAUCAGCACGCAGCAGGUGCUCCACAGCUCACAUGUUUGGUCUGUAUUUUCCUAGUCAUUGGAGCUCUAAAAGCCAAUUUAUGCUUGAUCCGUGAAUGUGGUCGGAGGCGCAGUAUGGAUGGUGUGAUGCAAUUGCGGAGCCUGUGGAAGCAAGCAGUGGCCAAAUUGAGUGCCGUACGCCACCAACCUUUUUUAACAAUGUGGAGGGCUCCGUAUAGCACCACAUUGACAUGAUUGGUUGACGGUAGGUGGGGGUAGUACAUCCUGUAUAAACACAAACUUGACAACAGUUCUGCUCAACUGCUCUGCGAAGCGCAAGGAGUAUGAAUGCCCUGACUUCUGCAGAGACCGUAUCAUCCUAAACGGUUCACGGGCCAACGCAGACGUCGGAUUGACCACUCAGAGCCUUUAAGGGAGACUGGCCCGCUCUGCAACCAUUGGGCCAACUAAAAUGUUCCCAGAGGACCUGCGGACUAAUAAAAAACAAAUUACACAUUUAAGAUGGAAUUUUAUGAAGCCAAAUCUAAAAUGUAUUUACCAAGACAUUGUAUGUAAUCGUAUGUGACAUGUAUGCCAUGUUAUUACUUGUAUAGCUGACUUUGAUAACAAUGGCCUGAAUACUGUAGUAUGAUAUGUUGACUGUAUUCUGUUUCACUGUUUCUAUACGAACCCAGUUAACCUAUAGCCUUCUACUACUGUAUGUACAUAGCCUUCUCAAAAUACAAUUUAGUACAUUCCUAAUUUUAAAAUAUGAUUAAAAGGAUUAAAUAGUUGGAAUAAGAAUAAAAACAAGUUCACAGCUGAAUGAGAUUUUAAAAAAAAAUUAAAAACAUU